UCCUGCUGCCUCUAUAACUGGCUGGCUCCCUCUCUCCUCCUGCAGAACAGAGAGCGACAGCAGUGCUGGGCAGAACUCUUCAGCCUAUUCAGCUCAGCUUCUGAUCACUGCUAUACCUGGAGAAUAGCCUCACAACUACAGAGACCAGAACCAGAGGGCUUAUCCAGCACCAAGAAUACAGACAUAUCACUACAUCCACUUUUUGUUAAAAAAAAAAACUAAAAAAAAAAACUUGGACGAUCUUCACUGUUUUUUCAAUGUUUUUUGGCUUGUUUUAUUUCCAUCAUUCAACCCAGGAAAAGACCAGUUUUGGGGAAGAAACAAGGAGAGGAGAACAAUUUUAAAGAAAAAAGACAGAGAGAGAGUGUCACUUGGAGAUAAGGAGGACUUUGGAUCCAUUUAUGUUGGGAUAGUCCCAUAGACCAGUAGACCUCCUCUGACAGAGUGGUACUAAGUUUGAAGGCUUCUUCAUCCGAGAGGGGCGUUAUCACCUGGAUUGACCUAAAGAUUCUAACAGAUUUUUUGUUUUUGUUUUGUUUUUGUUUGUUUUUUUGUCUUUUUUUCUCUCCUCCCUUCUAUACUUCUUUGAUUUAUCACAGCCUGCUGGAAACAUUUGUGAGAGUGAACCCACUCUCUCUCCCUCGCUCCCGCUCUCUCUCCCCCCUCUGGGUCUGUGAGAGGAAGAAACCGAACAGAACAGAACUGAACUGACCAGAGGCUGUGCGGGACAGACAUCGCUUCGGAAGAGACAAGCAGCAAAAUGUUCUGUUCAAGAAGAUUGCUCCAACAGUGGUGCUUGGCAGUGUUCUUACUGUGCUCUCCUGUGCCACAUUAUGGGAGGCCCAUAGAUGCUCUCAGCAACAGAAUGAAACGCUCAGUGACCCACGCACAGCUGAUGCACGACAAAGGUCGAACGCUGCAGGACUACAAGCGUCGCAUGUGGCUUCAAGAGCUGCUGGACGUGGUGCACACCGCCGAAACCCGUGACCUGCCUGUGCGUCCUGGGGUCAGCAGUGGGGCUGGAGUCGGAGGACUGGGCGUCGGAGGCAGCGUCAGCGUCGGCAUGGGGAUGGGCAUGGCGACAGGAGGCAGCUCCCUCCACCCGAAACCCGCCGGUGGCACCAAGAACCUCCCCAUCAGCUUCCCGAUGGAAGACGAGGAAGGCACCAACCUCCCGCAGGAAACCAACAAGUCCCAGACGUACAAGGACGCGGCACAGAAAGUGGCUGGGAAGAGAAAGAAGAAGAAGGAGGGGCGGUCUGGGAAGCGACGAGAGGGCGAGAAGAGGAAGAGACGGGCACGCUCGCUGGCAUGGGCACGAGCGCAAGAGCCCGGGAGCGGCUACCACCUGGAGUGGCGGCCAUACUUUGACCUGCAGGGGGCGCUGCACUAGAACACUGUCAGUCUUUGACAACGAAACUUAAGGACAUUUCAAAUGGACACCUAAAUACUCAUGUUGCAGAGUUCUGUAAUAGUGAUUGUUUGGACAGUGAUACGGAAUAUAUUUAUUGUCUGUAAAUAUUCUCAACACACAAGUAAUAAUAAUGACAAUAAAAAUAUGAUAAAACCUAUUCAAUGCUCCAAGGGGCUACAGAUCUUGAUCUUUGUGAAUACUGCCUUUUUUGUUAGGACUAUGCCAAUUAUAAAUGUCAGAUUUGCGGUAAUUUAUUUUGUUUGAAUGGUGUAUUUAUUUUGUAAAUGUAUUAAGGUGCUGCUGACCUUCUAUAUUUUUGUACCAUAAUGCACUUUAGAUAUAUAAAUAUAAAUAUAUAAACAAGUAAUUUUUGUUAAUUGACUUUUGUGGUUUGAUUUCAAUGAAGAAAAAAAGUUAUCAGUCAUUCUUAAAUGUGUUAGCCUGCUCCCAGGCUUGGCUAGAAACGCUGAACUAGUUCAUUGUCUCGCUUCUUUUGAUUUUUUUUUUUCAUUUGUUUGUUUCUUUUUUUCUGAGGGCUUGUGGGGGGGGGGGCAUUUGUUUUUGGUUUCCUUGCUGCUGACCAGGACGUCCCUUUGCGUCGUCCACAAUAUCCAGUCAAGUGACUCGGUUGGGUCAUCAACUAUGUACAUUGUGCUUUCAGAGUCCUUCUCCUACUCCUCUCUCUCUCUCUCUCUCUCUCUCUCUCUCUCUCUCUCUCUCUCUCUCUCUCCCUCUCUCUCUGUCUCCCUUUUUCACAAACUCAUCUGUUGCCCCCUGGCAUUCGGUUGUUUUGGGUCUUGCUUGUUUCAAUGCCAGAGUUCACUCUGUACAUAAAGAUGGAUCACACAUUAUCGACUCGAUGUUGUUGUUUGGCACUUGCACUGAGAGAACAUCCCUAUAUUGAAUGGAAUAAACAUUUGACAAUUACCA